UAUUUGUAAAUGUCUGCUGCUGUCGGUCGCUGUCUAAGUUAGUCUCAAAAUACGUAAAAUCCAUAAGAUUUUGGGAGAAUACUCAGGUUAAUAUAUUAAAGCGCAGAAAUAUUAUUCUAAAAAUAUUUUCCGCUAGAAUAUGUUGACUUAAAACCUUAGAUAGGACCAAGAAACUUGUACACGUAGUGUUAAUCUAUGUUGGUUUCGUAUUGGUGUUCAACUCGAUCAAAAUGCCUGCUGUAACUGCUCCUUCGGUGGAAGAGCAAAAUGAAGCCGACCAAAAGAUGUGGAGCGCAUUAAAGCGCUACAUAAUACGCGAAAGACAAAGAAAAAAGGAGGAAUAUGAAGCGGAAGUGGAAGAGGAGAGAUUGCGAAAGGAAAGGGAAGCGAGAGAGAGGCAAGAUGUCAUGACACUUGAGGAAACAAAAGAACAAAUUGAACAGUUGGAACAGAAACUCAAACAGCUUGAAAAAGAGAAACAACAGUUGUUCAUGCAACUCAAGAAAGUAUUGAAUGAGGAUGAAAUUAGAAAGAGACAACAACAAAAGGAAACUAAUGACUUUUCCAGCGAGAUGCAAUCCAUGAAGAUGCAGCCGAUGGGCAACAUUCAGAUACCAAUGUUCCCGCUGUCCACAUCCACUGGGCAGGCGGAACCACCUCCACAGGGCAGACCACCCCCUCUUUCCUCUCACAUGAUGACCAAGCAUAAGCAUUCAAACCACAUGUUGUUCCCACAACAGCAGACUAUUGUGCGAGGCCCCAUACAAUCUGGCGUCAAGAGACCCCGCAGCCCCUCACCGACGUACGCGCUCUACGCGCAUCGCUUGCAUCAGCCCCCAAUGAAGCACCAACAAGUGUACUCCGAUCAUAAGGUAGAAGAUGGCCGCAUGGGCCGUCAGAUGGCUCGCGCAGUGCUUUGGAACAAGCCGUCUCAAUACGCAUCGAACGUGGGAGGUUCCUCCGUAUCAUCGAACGCGUAUUACGCGAUGCCUACGUCUAGCGUAGUGGGCGUGGUGGGGGAGCGCCCCCCUCCUUUACUAUACGCGCACCAUGCGCACACGCCCCACACGCCCCACACACCUCAUACGCCGCACCAUAGCCUCAUGUACGCGCCCGCGCCACAGCCGCCACAACUGUACCUGGAUAUGCUGAAGAAUAGAGAUGGGCAACAGCAUCAGGAGCAGAAGAAAGAAGCUCAGCCACAAGUGCUGAUUGGUCUGAGCGAGGCGCACCACCCGUCAGUGAGUAGUGGCGUGGCUUACGCCCAGCCCCCUGUGUCACGACAUCUCUCCAUCCACCCACCGCCGCAACACAACAAUAUGCAGACGGGGAAGCCGGGCAGCAUAACGCAAGGUUACCCGGUGCAGCAGUCGAGCAACGUGCAGAACCCAAACAUAUACCCGAACCGACACCGCUACUAGCUAGUGCUCAUCCGGCGGCAGGGCGCGCGCGUCCCGCCCAGCCCCCCGUGCACCACAUGAAGAACAUACUCCUGCGGGCCCUCGUACACCAGCUGUUGAAGUAAACUCUCAUAACAUACCGUACUGUAUUUUUUUACGAUAAAGCUACUGCGAUAUUUUGAUUUCAUCUGUUAAUGUUAAUGGCGCUUUCUAAGGUUUUUUAUAGUCAAAGUCAAAAUCAUUUAUUCCAACUAUACCAUAAAUAGGUACUUUUGAAACUAUAAACUAAAGAUAAAAAAAUGAAGGCGAAAGACAUUAUCUUUUAAUAUAAUCUGAUAUACAAUGGCACUUUUGAAAGGCAUACGUUAUUCAAGUCAAGACUCAGUAAAGCUAAUAAAUCUAAUCAUAAUCUCAAAUUCAUAAAAUAUCUUGACUGGGCUGUCUUGCUUGCACAGCAUUAAUCUAUGGAUAGAGAAAUGGUCUACCAAUGGCCAAUGACAAUAAAAAGCUAUGGCGUAUGCUAGCUAUUGCCCGUAUAAUUUUA